GAGCCAGCUGUCUGCCGUCAGCCCGCCAGGCCAGCGAUACCUGCAACCCGGAUUCCUCCCCCGGAGAAGACGCAGCCUGUCAGCAUGGCUCAAGAGUUUGUGAACAGCAAAAUCCAUCCUGGGAAGGUGGUUGUGUUCAUGAAGCCCGAGUGCCCCUACUGCAGAAAGACCAGAGACAUCCUCCAUCAGUUGCCCUUCAAACAAGGGCUCCUAGAAUUUGUGGAUAUCACAGCCACCAGCAACAUGAGCGAGAUUCAAGAUUAUCUGCAGCAGCUCACAGGCGCCAGGACGGUUCCUCGGGUCUUUUUUGGUAAUGAUUGUAUCGGCGGAUGCAGUGACCUAGAAGCUAUGCAGCGGAAUGGGGAACUUCUCUCCAGGCUGAAAGAGAUUGGAGCUCUGCAGUAACUACAGCAGAGAAGACUCCAUGCUGAAAUCCCUCUGGAGAGCUGGACUUCAUCAUGAAGGAUGACAGUAUUGGUGGAUGGGAAUUGGAGCAAAACCAACUUUGUUUUCCUUUAUUUUUCAGUAUUAAACAUGGGACCAACUUGUUUCUAUCCACAAGCCAAGAAGAUUGCAGACUACUUGGCUUUCUCCCAUAUUGGCCCCUUGGGUUCCACAAGACCAUGUCAAAUUCUGACUUACAAUUUAUCCUCCAAUUCAAAAAGUAUUCUUUCUCUCUGCCACGUGUUUCUUCUUAACAUUUUCUAUGUGCCAGCAUGCUUCUACCUCGAACUAGUUUCUCCUAUCAUGUUUAUCCAGAAAUCAUACACACACACACACACACCCCAACAAUGAAUUUAUAGUUGAUUAACUGCUACUAUCAGCUGAAAUUAUUUUGCUAAAAUUGACUCCAAGCAGUUUGUAUUGUGAAAUUGAUAAAUAUUAUUUAUUUUUUCUGAAACUAUACAUAUACAUCUUCCUCUUCCUCCCACCUUGAGGAUCACUUCUCUGAGCUAGUGUUCUCCAUCUUACCAUCUCUGGGUAUCAUUUGAGAAGAUCCACAAUCCUGGGAAGGGCUUGAGGAGCCAGUUUGAGAAACUAUAUGUAGAAGUAAGGCAUGAUUGGUCCUCCAUCACUGGAGCUACAAGGACAAGCCUGAGAGGGAAAACCCACAGCAACACUCCAGAGAGAAUGGCUAUACAAAUAAUUCUGGAAAGCUGUGUGAAUUGUUAGAAUACCAUCAAAAUUAAAAUAUGAAAUGUCAAGUCAUCAAAAUCCCCUUCCAGGACUUGCCCUAGGAGUUAAUCUGUAAAGGGAGGCAAAUUUUAGAAAUACUGUCAUAAUUCCCCAAAUUUCCUUUGAAGAUUAAUCUCUUACUGUGAAUUUGUCCUAGAACUGAAAGUUAAUCUUCUUCUGUGCUCUUUAGUGAGGACAGUUAAUACCUUUCUAAUAAAAAAAAAGUACCUAUUGUG